AUGCCUGAUGAAGAAGAAAAACCGAUAAUAGUCAACGAAUACAACAGAUCAUUCCAUCUUGAUGACUCGGACCCUCGAUUGGUGUCUGCAGAUGGUGUCGUAUACAAAAUUCACACUUGGAAAUCGAAGGCUGCGAGCUCUGUGUUCCAAGUCAUGUUCGAAAGCGGGAACAACGGUGACACACUGGAACUCACCGACAAAACCCUAGAGGACGGUCGGAUACUCUGCAUGUUCCUUCAAAUACUAUAUGGAAUCAAGCUUGCCGAACCCUCGAGUGGAUGGGAUCUGAAAAGGAAUCAUGAAGUGCUCCUGAGGCUAAUCGAUAAAUACGAUGCGCCCGCUGCGAAGCAACACUUGACUACUUGCUUUCGACUCUGGGCAGCUAGCGAAAAAUUCGGUUCCGAUCGUUAUCUUUUGAUUGCAUCGCAAUUAAACCAAUACGAGCUGGCCACCACAUCCCUUAAGCAUGCUAUGGCCCGCCCCCAUACUUGGACCGGUCCGUCUGAGGGCGUGGAGUCCCGUCAGGCGCUCCUAUUCCAUGGUCUCAAAGGAGAGAACACUACAAAUAUUGCAGGAUGGCCUUUCGAUGACUUCCGACAACUCUCGCACGAAUAUAUCUUUGGGUUCAUGAGAGCUAAAGAGAUCGUCAUGGAACCUAAUAAACCAGAGGUAGACUAUAAACUGGUGGCCGCAGAAUUCGAAAAGAUCAUGAAAGACCUCACGCUGGAACAGGCGAAUUAA